AUGGGUGAAUUGCACGCUGAGAAGAUUGUGCCGCCGGUCUCAGAUCACAUGUACACAUCCACAUCCGGCCGCAAUCUAAAUGCACCGCACGGCCGUACGACUGACCGCUUCGGUUUUUACAUCACCGCGAAGGAAAAGAUAGCGGAGGAUGCCUACACUCAACGACAUCCAGAGAGUCCAGAGAAACAAAAGGCAUGGUCAAAGUUAAUAAGGGGAUGGAAUUACACAUCAUAUGAAACAAAAAAAUCGUUUUGUCGCGAAGGCAUUCCUCAGUCAUUUAGACGUACGGUGUGGCCUUUACUGCUUAAUAGUUACGGUUGGUCACUUGAAAAGUGUGGAAAUUAUAAUUUAUUAAAGUCUCAGUCAAUAGCCGAUGAUGAGGUAUUUGAGGUAAUAGAACGUGAUUUGGGAAGAACCUUUCCAACCCAUCAAUGGUUUGAGGAAGAGAAUGGAAUUGGUCGAACUAAACUUCGGGGUAUUUUGCGUGCAUACGCUAAUUUAGAUCCAACCGUAGGAUAUGUACAAGGAAUGGGUUUUUUAGCCGCUACUCUUCUUCUUCAGAUUGAAGAUGAGGAAAGUACUUUUUGGGCUUUUGUUUCUUUAAUGCAGGAACCAAAGUACGGAAUGGCUGGAAUUUACGCUCGUGGUUUCCCUUUCUUAUAUUUACGUUUUUAUCAAUUGAAAAAACUCAUGAAACGAAAAUGUCCUUCUAUUCUUAAACGUAUUGAAGUAUAUGGAAUUGAUCCAACUGUAUAUGCAACCAAUUCUUAUUUAACAUUGUUUUCAUACGACUUAAAUUUUGGUUUGCUCUCUCGUAUAUGGGAUAUGUUCUUGUGUGAAGGAUGGAAAAUCAUUCACCGAGUGAUUAUUGCUCUUUUAUUAAUGAAUAAGAAGAUAUUAGAGAGUGCAAGAGAUGAGAAUGAACUCCUCUUAGCUUUAAGGGAUAUAUAUCAUGAUAAAGAUCCUGAUAUGAUCAUUCGAAAAGCGCUCAAGGUAAAAUUUAAGACCGCUCAAUUACUCCGGUGGGAAGCCAAAUACAGAAUGACAAACAAGUGA